AUGCCACGGCAUGUAGCAGUCCGCUCCUGUGGUCGCAAGUGUGAAAUGACUGUCGAUGCGAUGGUCACCAGUGCGGCCGCUCUUCCUUGCCGCCUCCUAGCACCUCUUCUCAAUCGACUGCUUUCGCUCUGCCUGAUUUGGCGCCGGUGUGGCCACAACUUGACACCAAUCGACGUUGAACCCUACGUUGAUUGGCUGCAGGCGGACGAAGACCAGGCCCAUGCACUCCCCGGCUAA